CGGCCCUUCUGCCACUCCCCCCUCCCCUCUGGGCUUCCAACCGCUCAGCUGCCGACGUUGGAUGGAGAUAGCCGGGAAGGGAGGGUUUACAUACUGGGGCGGGGGAGAGAAGGAAACUUUUAAUGUUGUGUUUUUUUUUUCUUCUCCAACUUGCAGUUCGCUUUAGUGGGAGAAGAAAGCGGAACUGCGUUAUGUUUGUCGCUUGCCGUUAGCGCCGUCGGUGGUGGGGAGCGUGAAAAGUUAAUUUAAAGUUCCCAGGGAGAGUGAGACGCUCGCGGCAGCGAACAGAACCGGUUAGUCCGCCUUACAUCUGUCCUUCCGAGCUAAUUUGAAACGAUUUGCACCAAGCAGGAACAGGAGCAAAACCAUGUUGGUUGUAGCUUUGGUUGGGUUUGGAAAUUUUUGAAGAAGUCUUUAGCUAAAUAGAGAUAAAAAGCGGUUUCCCCCCUGUACCCCUCCGCGGCUUUUGUUUUUUUGAAUGGUGGUGUGUUUGUCCUGCGUGACAGAGCCGAUUGUCAAGAAGUUGCAGCUGCAGAACACGCAAAUAUCGUUUCUGAUCCAGAUGGACUCGAGAUAACAGGCGCUGAAGUUCCAACCUCACCCUGAACUUCAGCCGCUCCUGGAGCCUUCAACGUCCAGCCAGAAUGGCAGAUCCCACAGAGAUGAGCGUCGAAAUGGAGGGGGCCGGCGUGACUGAGGUCAACACCUGCAGUUUGCAAAUAGACAGAAAAUAUGACAUCGUUCCUGCUGUCAUCUGCUCCAUGUGCUGCCUUUUCGGCAUCAUCUACUGCUUCUUUGGUUACCGCUGUUUCAAGGCCGUCAUGUUCCUGUCUGGUCUGAUGUUCGGCUCUGUCAUCAUCUUUCUGCUCUGCCACAAGGAGCACAUUCUGGACACUCAGCUGAGCGUGGAAGCCAGUGCAGGCAUCGGCCUGGGCAUCGGUCUCCUGUGCGGUCUGGUUACCAUGCUGGUGCGAAGCGUUGGCCUCUUCAUGACUGGCUUGCUUCUAGGACUCCUCCUUGCUCUUGCUGCUCUGCUGGUCACUCAACAGUUCUACACACCCACCACAGUCUGGGUGCCUCUGGGUGCUAUGCUGGGAGCAGGCAUGCUGUUCGCCGUGCUCACCCUGCAGUGGCAGAAGGUCUUCACCAUGAUCUCCACCGCUGUGUUCGGUGCAGCCAUCAUGACGGUGUGUGUCGAUUACUUUGUGGAGAUGCUGGCUUUGGCCAUUCACGUGUAUGACUGCCUGCGCCUCACUCCGGGACCAGCGCUGUGCUGGUACAGCUGGGUCAUUCUGGGCAUCUGGCCUGGUCUCAGCCUCAUAGGGGUCCUGGUCCAGUGGAAACUGACGGAAGACGGCUUCUCACACACCGAAGUUGUCAUCAGCCGAAGGCAGAAGAGAGUCCAGCUGAUGCGGAUUCGGGAGAAGGACACCAAGAAGCGACAGCAGGCAGGUGGGCAGGAAGGCACGUAUCGUCGUAAAGCCACUCCAGUCAAACGUUACGCUGGGGACCUACUGGCACCGAGCUACCUGCAAAGCUUGCGAGACAAACAGAUGGACACAGGCACUUCCCUUAGCAGCCUCGGGACCACAAACCAAACUGUGAUUGACUUGGACUUUGACACCGGUUCUACGGCUCCCCUCACAGCCACAACCCCAGUCGUCAGGGUCUGAGCGCCACACGGACACCAUGUUCUGCUGAACUCGUCCUCCUAGCCUAGCGUCGAGCCAAUAAAAUAGUUUAGAGUGUUUAGUGAAAUAAAAAAUUUCUCAUGAAGGAGAAGCAUCAACUCCAGUCAAACUAAAACCACUGCAGUCACAGUUUCUCAAAGAAACGCUGGUGAACAGCGAAGUAGGGUCUUCCACUAUGGUCCUCAUGUUUCAAAAACACAACAGCAAAUUUGAGCCUCAGAAACUGACAUUUCUGCCGUCAUGUUCGGCAUUACCUGUACUGUACUUCAGAGCUCGUCUUAUCAGCUGUCUUACUCUGUGUGCUCGUAGGCUUUAAGAACAUUUUACCUUGAAAAGGUGAAUUUUAUUUAGUGCAUUUUUACUUGUUUGUUAUAGUAUGAUGGAAAAGUGAAAUUUGGUCCAUGCUGUAGAUGAGAAGUUCUCAGCAGGAUCGCAGACCAUCCUGUUGUUUUUUUAAUGUAGCUUCUCUCAAAAUGCAAUCAAAUCUCUGUUGUGUAUGCUUGUGAAGUCUGUUUUUAAAGUGUAUAAUUUAAAUGACUAAGUAACUGGUAGUGUCUGCAAAAGUCUGUUCAUUUUUAGUUUGUUUUAAUAAUUUCCAAAUGUUGGAAUUUCAUAGGGACACACCUCUUGUUACCUGAACAUGUAAAUACCUGUUGAUAGACAUUUCAUAAAUAAAUACAUGUUUGAUAUGAAAAGGUC